AUGGAAAUUGUUAAUAAUCCUAAUGGUGGUGACGACAGAGGGGGCAAUGGACAUAAUGGGGAACAUAAUAUAGUAGGUGAGAAUAAUGGAGGUGAUGACCCAUACAAUCAUUUGAAAUCUCUCUCUAUGGUAUGCUCUAGCAUGAAGCCGGUCGAGGCUAGUUUGGAUGAAGUUCUUUGGAAGAACAACCUUAGAAAAGCAUUCUUAGAGAAGUAUUUCCCCACUUUCAACACGGUGAUAAAUCCUAAAUCUUUGAAUGCAAUCACAUUGAGAAGUGGUAAAAAAAUUAGUGCUAAGAAAGUGCAAUUCAAAGAUGAUGAAGAGGAUGGAGAACCGAUUGAUGAAGAGAUAAAAGUUGAGUCUCCUCCUUCUAAGACCACUCAAGACAUUCCCAAGGCUACUCAAGAGACCUCCAUUCAAUCCAAAGGUGCCAAAGAUAAGAGGCUCUUAGAGCAAUCCUUUAAGCAAUCAUUGGCUCAAGAGAAAAGGGAGUUUGACGCUGCUAAGCAACGGCCAAUAAAAGGAUCACCUUCCAAAGGUGAUGAGAAAAUGCCCAAGUGUGAUAAGUUUCUAAAAGACCUAUGUGCAAAUAAGAGGAAGUAUAGGCAUAGUGAGAGAAUCCAACUGGGGUCUAGUGUUAGUGCUAUCUUCAAGCCACAGUUACUUAUUAAGUAUAAAGACCCGGGUCCCUAUACUAUUCCUUAUAGCAUAAGCAAAACAAAUAUUUCACAUACCUUACUAGACUUAGGUGCAGCCAUAAAUAUUAUGCCUACCUAUAUUUAUGAGAGUUUAGAUAUUCAUGCCUUAAAAGACACCAGUGUUAUGCUACGUCUAGCUGAUAGCAUUGUGAGACACCCUAAGGGCUUUUUUGAGGAUGUUCUUGUGCAAGUGAAGGGUCUUAUGUUCCCAACUAACUUCUAUGUGCUAGACAUGAUUGAUUCUAGGAAGACCUUUUCUUAG